UGCUUUUUUUUCUGCUAAGGCGUCUGCAGGAGCUACUAUUCUGGGGUCCGAACUGACGGUCACAUUUCCAAGAUGGCUGCUUCCAUCUCAGGAUUAUUAAAACCUUGGACACCAAGGGUGUUCCUGGUGAGAUGGACGAGAUACAACCCUUACUAUCUGGAGCCAGAGGUCCGGAAGGAGGCCUACAGUAGACCAGAGGCAGAGCUGAGUCCUGAGGAGCAGGAGCAGCAGAAGCUCAAAACGCACCGACCCAUCAAGGCUGCCACCAAUGGAGUUACCAGCUCUCUUUUUGAUGACCCAGUCCUCAGUAAAUUUGUCAACAUGAUGAUGAAAGGUGGAAACAAGGCGCUGGCCAAAGAGAUCAUGACACAGACCCUGGAGCACAUAAAGAGGAAACAGGUGGAAAAAUACCACAAAGCUCCAGAAGGGAAGAAGGAAGAGAUCGAGUGUGACCCCUACUUUAUUUUCCACCAGGCUAUGGAGAACUGUAAGCCUGUCGUUGGGCUGGCCAGCAUACAGAAAGGUGGAAAGUUCUACCAGGUGCCCAUCCCUCUUACGGACAGCCGACGCCGCUUCCUCGCCAUGAAAUGGAUGAUCACAGAGUGCAGGGACAACAAACACAGACGCACACACAUGUAUGAAAAACUUUCCCAGGAGCUGUUGGCAGCGUCAAUCAAGGAGGGCAACGUCAUCAAGAAGAAGUAUGAGCUGCACAAGAUGGCCGAAGCCAACAGAGCGUACGCUCACUACCGCUGGUGGUAGAAAGAAACCACUCAGGACUGAAACGCUGUCAGUGCAAAUGUUCCUUCAGACUCUCAGACUGGACAGAUGCGUUGGCCACAGAGGGUCAAUUCAGUGACAGAUUUUGUUUUUUGUUGUUGUUGUUUUUUUUUGUUUUUUUUUGCUUAAAGUCCUAUUGUAAAUAAGUGAAUGCUAUGAAAAUCUGGUGGUGAAAGAACUACAAUGUAAAAAGUGUUGGACAACAGUGUAAAGGGUAACAUGGAUUUUUUGUAUUGUAUGGAAGCCCAUUUCCACCAAUAUGAUGGAUAUGAUUUUUGUUUAAGUCAAUAAAUGAGAAACUUUCUCACAAAAAUAGUUUAGUAUCUCAACAUAAAAAGUUUUCUAAAAUAAUGACUAAGUAUUUUAAAAAGAUCUAGUUAGUAUCUCGGUGUUAAUUAUAAUGACGGUAAGAUAUGACUAUUAGAAAGCUUCACUCAAUUUUGAGAUGAAAUCAUCAUUAAAGGUACAAACAGGAACUUUUCUUUUCAUCACACUGAUGGAAAUUUGCUUCUAUAUUGUUGACAAAUUGAAUUCUGUUGAAUACACAGUUGUGCACAAUUGUAUUGAUAAUUAACAUCCAAUAAACACAUUAUACCAGAUUAACAAAACAUUUACAAGUUAUUGUAACAAAUAAAUCUGCAUUUAAUGCAUAACCCAGUGCACUGAGUGAUGUAAAAAUGCAACAGUGUAAUAAAAUAUAUAAACAUGUUGCAGUCUUUUGGUGGUGUUCAAACUGUACACUCAGUGUAACUGUUGCUAUUUUUAUUUUCAUAUUCAUGUAAGAUUUCUUUUCAUUUUGUAUAAGAAACUCAUUUUGAGAAUUAUUAGAUUUUUGUCAUUUUUCCAUGCUUUUAUUAUGAAAGUCAAGGGUACUUUUAUUUUGACACCUACGUUGCUGCUAGGCUGCCUGUAGCGUUUGUCUGACGGCAGAGAGUUGUGAACAUGGUCACUUCGUGUGAACAGCUAAGAUGUGAUAGACAAGUUGAUAUCAAAAGAACAUAGCAUAAACUACAGUGAAGACUGAAGAUAGAAGACCUACAGAUUUCCUUUCAUAGCAUGCAGCCAACGAGGUAUUUAUUUGUCUUUAUUUUCGUUAUGAAUCUUUGUACUUGAGACUUUAAAGUUUGCUAAUGUGAACUGUAAUACUGUGUAUUGCCAGUUUCACGGUUUGCGGAGGUCCUUGGAUGGUUGUGGAGAGUUGGAGAGACGACGGAGACUUCAAUAAACCCGUAAAAGGAACACUUGCGUCUGCACAUGCUUGGGAGGGAGUCAUAGUGAAACUCGGGCUGUUCACCGACGCCAGUGAAGCUCGGAACGUUCGCCGACGGCGGUGAAGCAGCAAGUUGAAGAGCAAGCUAACUUCAACCCGGUGGCUAGCAAAUGAGUGUGCAUUGAACACGUGGUCGAUCAAGCCAUAAGAACGUGGACAUUAACGUUAAGAGUGUGCUAAGCAUUAGCCUUAAGAGUUGUUUUAAAGGUUCAUGGAUAAGAUGGCUGGUUGAUCUAAUGUGUUAUUGUAAUGCAUUUGCCCAGAAAACACUGAAUUGAGGCUUGCUAAGUUAAAAGUUUAAGGUUUAAAUUUAAAAGUGAAUACUUUUCAAGGUGCAUGAUAAAUGCUUAAAAGUUAAAGGUGAAAAUAUUUCGUUUUGAAUUUCACAAUUUAAAGUGUGUUUUGGUAAUGUAAAGUGAAGGCUACUUGCUGAUAUUACUGAUUACUGAUAUUUAAGUUUCAGAGGUGUUCUAAGAGAACCAUUUAUUUAAGCUACAUUUUCAGUUUGUAAAUACUUUCUGAGCUACUUGAGCAUAUUGCUACCUAAAAGUAUAGUUCAUAACAUUUCAACAUAAGGACAUUUAACAGACUUUUAAAUUUGAUAAGGCAUUGAAGUUAAUGCAAACUUUAUUUACAUUUUACAUUUUGAUAUUGACAUUCACUUAGUUUAACUCAGUCACUUAAUUAUGGCAGAGCCAAGUGAGUCCACUACUCAGGUAGAGGAUAGUGUUAGGGAAAGUGAGAAUCUUCAAGGCCCUUCCGAAGAUGAAGCAGGUGAUGCUGAGCCUCAGCAGGAGGAAGCGCAGCAGCCCAGACGUGGUGAACGAAUCCGUACACUAACAGAGAAGGGUCAAGCACUGCAAGACGAGAAAAUUAAAGGACUUCAACAAAAGUUUGACUACAUUUACAGAAAAUGGAGAACGCUUGUUAAAUUCUCUAAGCAGUCAUUAACAAAGUCAACACAGUUAUCAGAGAGUGUGCUUAAUGAUAUCCUCGGAGAUGUCAGUGGCCUUUCUGCUGAUGUGCAGCGCAUCUAUGACGAUCUACGCAGAGUCUCAACGCCAGACCAAGAAGUGCGGCGAAAGGUAGACCUGUGUGUAGAGGUUUCGGGCUUCAUCCUCUCUAGAGCUUCAAGUCGCCUGGAUGGAAAGAUUCCAGAAGAAGAAGAGCAAGAUUGGCCAGAAGCAGGCUCACUUUGGAAUUCAAGUAAAAGUGAAUUCGACUCAGUUACCUCCAUCUUGAAGGGUCCCUCAGAGCACUCAAGAGCGUCUUCCGUGAAGCGCCAAGAAGCCGCUGCGGAUGCUGCAGCAAGCCAAGCUGUUCUACAAGUGUUACAAGAACAAGAAAGAGAACAAUUGGAAAUACAGCGCCUAGAGGCAGAGGCUAAAAGGAAGAUAGCGGCUCAGGAGGCAGCGGCCAUAAAGCGUCGCUUAGAGCAAGAAGAAGAGGAGGUGAAGAGGAGGAUAAAGAGAGAAGAAGAGGAAGCCAAAAUGAAAGCUCAACAAGAGGAGGAGCACACAGCUCUACAGAUAACUUUAGACGAAAAACGAAGAAAAUUAAAGCAAUUAGAAGCAGUGAAGGAGCUUACUGCAGCACGUGCAAGAAUGCAGGUGUAUGAUCAAGGUCUUGGCAUAAAGGAAGAAUCUAAAGGCAUUCCAUGUCAUGAGACAGUAGCAGACAUUAAGCCACCAUGUCCUACAAGUUGUCUGCCCUCGUCCAUACCUUCUGCCCCACAACCUGUGAUCAGCUCUUCAAAUCAGAGCACAGUAGAGCUCAUAAAGGUACUCGCAGAUGCUUUAAACAACAAUAGAAUUCCAGUCCCUGAGCCUUCAAUAUUCAGCGGGGAUCCGUUAAAGUACAGUGAUUGGAAGCUGUCGUUUAAAACUCUGAUCGACCAAAAGAACAUUCAAGACAAAGAGAAGAUAUACUAUCUUCGCAAAUAUGUGAGCGGACAAGCUAAGAAUGCACUGGAUGGCUACUUCCUACUCGGAACCGAGUCUGCCUAUGCUGCGGCAUGGGAGAUUUUGGAGGAGAGAUACGGAAAUCCAUUCACCGUUGCAAAGGCAUAUAGAGACAAGCUUCAAGCAUGGGCCAAGAUUGGACCUAAAGACAGCACUGAGCUAAGAGAGUUUGUCGACUUUCUCCGGAGCUGCGAAGCCGCCAUGGUCCAUGUCAAGGCACUUGAGAUCCUCAAUGACUGUAAUGAGAAUAGGAGGAUUCUUGCAAAGUUACCGGACUGGCUAACCGCAAGAUGGAACCGGAGAGUCAUGGAAAUGGAGGAGCAGAGUGGCCAGUUCCCCUCCUUCAGCCAAUUCAUGAAGUUUCUGAUAAGAGAAGCGAAAAUAGCCUGUAACCCAGUUACAUCGUUGCAAGCGCUAAAGCAAGGUGAAACUGAAAAGCCAAAGCAACAAAGACAACAAAAUGUUAAAGCAAAGACAUUGACUACAUCUUCUAAUGAAGAGACUGUGAAAACGUGUGUCUUCUGUAAGAAGAAUGGGCAUACCUUGCACAUAUGCAGGAAGUUUGCAGAGAAAGACGUUCCAGAUAGAGUGAAGUUUGUUCAAGCUGAAAAGCUAUGCUUUGGGUGCCUCAAGCCAGGUCAUCUCUCAAAGAGCUGCAACAGUAGGAGUGUUUGUGACACAUGCAACAAGCGGCAUCCUACCUGUCUGCACGAGGAGAGAGAUCAAGGAGAGCAAAAGGCACCACAAGUUAAGCAAAGCCAAGCUCAAGAGAAGUCAAAUAACCAAAAGCAAGAAAAGAAUAAACCAAAACCUCAAGCAGCACAACCUAAAGAAACUGCUACAGCUUCUACUCUACGAGUCAUCCAGGAUGAAGCUACUGUGCAAACAGCUGCAAUAAUUCCUGUCUGGCUAUCGUCCGCCUCUCAGCCAGCACAAGAGGUGCUUGUAUAUGCACUGUUAGAUUCCCAAAGCGACACAACUUUCGUGCUAAGUGAAGUAGCUGAUGCUUUGGAGGCAGAUAAAGAACAAGUCAAGUUGAAGCUCUCUACUAUGACGUCAAGAACCACAGUAGUUAAUUCUCAGCGAGUAAAGAACCUGAAUGUUCGAGGCUUUUACUCCAGCAAAAGAAUCAGCUUACCACCAUCCUACACGCGUGACUUUAUUCCAGCCAACAAAACUCACAUACCAACUGGCGAAACUGCAAAGGCUUGGUCGCACCUAGAGCACCUCCAAGAUGAAGUAGCCCCUCUGCAGGACUGUGAGGUAGGCUUGCUCAUCGGCUACAACUGCUCAGAAGCGCUACUGCCAAGAGAAAUUGUGUCUGGACAAGAAAAUCAGCCCUAUGCACAACGCACAGAUCUCGGAUGGAGUAUUGUCGGCCAUGGGAAUCCCUGCGUAGAGUAUGGAGAUGCAAUUGGAAUUAGUCACCGCAUAGUAGUGAGACAAGUGACGCCAAGAGUCGACUCUUCUCUCAAUCUGAAGACAGAAGUUCAUUAUGUGAACAGAUCCAAAGUCAAGGAAAUUACCCCUUCAGACAUCAUUAAAGUCCUUGAAUUAGACUUCUCAGAAAGAGCUAGAGAAGAGGAUAUUGUGUCUCAAGAUGAUCUUAAGUUUCUGUCUAAAUUGAGAGAAAACAUAAGACAGAAAGACGAUGGUCACCUUGAAAUGCCAUUGCCGUUCAGAGAAGAAAGACCAAAGCUACCCAACAAUAAAAUAUGUGCAGUACAUCGCUUACAGUGUCUUGAAAGGAAGUUAAGAAAAAAUGAAGCAUACUACAAAGACUAUGUGAAUUUUAUGACUGACAUCAUUUCACGUGGUGAUGCAGAGAAGGUCCCGGAAGAAGAAAUUGAGAACAGUCCCGCUUGGUAUAUUCCGCACCACGGAGUUUAUCAUCCACACAAACCGGGGAGAAUACGGGUGGUAUUUGACUGUUCAGCCAAGUUUCAAGAAACAUGUCUCAAUGACCAUCUGCUCACUGGACCUGACCUGACGAAUACACUGGUGGGUGUCUUGUGCAGAUUUCGAAAGGGCUUAGUCGCAGUGAUGUGCGACAUUGAAAGGAUGUUUCAUCAAUUUCACGUGAAAGUCGAAGACCAAGAUUACCUACGAUUCCUUUGGUGGGAGAGCGGUAACUUGGAAAGCAAGCCAUCUACCUACAGAAUGAAGGUCCACCUGUUUGGUGCGGCUUCGUCCCCUGGUUGUGCCAACUUUGGCCUGAAACACCUGGCAGCUCAAGGGCAGGGUCAGUACGGCGAAGACACCAUACGCUUCAUUCAAAGAAAUUUCUAUGUAGAUGAUGGGCUCGCGAGCGUUCCCACAGAAAAGGAGGCCAUUCAUCUUGUGAAGGAAUCAAGCGAACUUUGCCAAGCAGGCAAGUUAAGACUACACAAGUUUGUUUCUAACAAUGAGAAAGUGAUGGAAUCCAUUCCAGAAGAGGAAUGUGCUGUAAUCAAAGAUCAAGACAUGGCUUUGAGUCUGCCUCACAUGGAAAGAGCGCUAGGAGUAGAGUGGUGCAUCACGUCCGAUUCGUUCAAGUUCAGAAUUCAAGUAAAGUCCAAUCCAUCGACAAGAAGAGGUGUGCUCUCUACUGUAGCCUCAGUCUAUGACCCGUUGGGAUUCAUGGCGCCCUUCGUCCUCCUUGGAAAGCAGAUUCUCCAGCAGAUGUGCAGAGAAAAGAUCGGCUGGGACGAAGAGCUGCCAGAAAGCCUAAGACCUCAGUGGGAGUCUUGGAUUAGAGAUCUACCCAACUUAGCUGACAUGGAAGUCAGAAGAUGUUACUUACCUACGAAUUUCGGGAACAUCAAGAAGUAUGAACUUCACCACUUCUGUGACGCAAGUACCUCAGGAUAUGGUGUAUGUACUUACCUUCGAGCUGUUGACGAAUCCGAUGAAGUCCAUUGCAGUUUAGUGAUGGGAAAGUCACGAGUUUCGCCAACCAAAGUCAUGACGAUACCAAGACUUGAGCUGUCUGCGGCAGUAGUUGCAGUUCGAGCCAGCGACAUGCUUCGAAGCGAGCUGGAAAUCCAAGACCUGAAGGAAUACUUCUGGACGGAUUCCACAGUCGUUCUUGGCUACAUAAACAAUAACGCCAAAAGAUUCCAAGUAUUCGUAGCCAAUCGAAUACAGAGAAUCAAGUCAAGCACAAAGCCUGAGCAAUGGGCCUAUGUUGCAUCUGAGGACAAUCCGGCAGAUCAUGCUUCGCGAGGGUUGACUGCAGAGCAACUUAAGACAUCCAACUGGUUCUCUGGACCGAAGUUUCUUUGGCACAAAGAAUUACCUGUCCGAGAAUGCAAGGUGGGAGAAGUUAAAGAUGAUGAUCCUGAGCUUCGUAAGGCUGUAGUGUUUAACACUAAGGCAAAAGAAGACCGAUCGUUACUGGACCGCCUUGAGAAGUUUUCCGACUGGUCAAGGGUAGUACAAGCAGUUGCCAGAUUAAAACGACGAGUCAAAGAACACAAAGGUGUGAAACAAAGAACGAAUGAGAGUACAAGUUUAGAAGAAAGGAAGGAAGCAGAAAUUGCUAUCAUCAAGCUAGUCCAAGAGGAAGCGUUCCCAGAUGAGAUAAAGAGCUUGAAAGUAAGGGAAGUUAUAGCCAAGACCAAGUACAGCAACCUGAACAAGUUAAGUCCAGUGGUGGAUGAAGACGAAGUGCUAAGAGUGGGAGGACGCUUAAGUCAAGCCGCGUUACAUCCACACAUAAAGCAUCCAGCUAUACUUCCGAAGAACAGCCACAUAUCAGCUCUACUUAUCAAGCAUUUCCACGAAAAGGUUCAUCAUCAGGGACGUGGACUGACUUUGAACGAACUGCGAGCUAACGGAUGGUGGAUCCUGGGAAGUAGUAGCGUAGUAUCGUCACACAUCUUCAAAUGUGUCAAGUGUCGAAAGUACAGAAGAUGUACUGAGGAACAAAAGAUGGGUAACUUACCUCAAGACAGAAUGGAAACGACCCCUCCGUUCACCUACACCGGCAUAGAUUGCUUCGGCCCUAUCUAUGUAAAAGACGGGAGAAAAGAGGUUAAAAGAUAUGGACUUUUAUUCACCUGUCUAUGUUCAAGAGCUAUUCACAUAGAAGUGCUCGACGACAUGACCACUGAUGCGUUCAUCAAUGCUCUAAGAGCGUUCAUUGCCAUAAGAGGAAAUGUUCGUCAACUUAGAAGCGAUCAAGGAACCAACUUCAUCGGCGCAAGGAGAGAGUUCACAGAACUCAUGAAAGGAAUGGAAGGAGAAAGAGUCAAGGCUCUAGGAUGUGAAUUUCUAAUGAAUCCCCCAGCGGCAAGCCACAUGGGUGGCGUCUGGGAAAGACAAAUCAGAACAAUAAGGAGUGUUCUCACUGCCAUUCUCGACGAGUCAGCACAAAGAUUGGACAGCUCCUCUCUAAGAACUUUCUUAUAUGAAGUGUUGGCAGUUGUCAAUAGCAGACCACUCACCGUUGAACAUUUGAAUGACCCAUCUGCACCCGAACCUUUGACCCCGAACCACAUUCUCACGAUGAAGUCCACUAUCAUCCUUCCUCCACCUGGACAGUUCGUCAAAGAAGACCUGUAUCUUCAAAAGAGGUGGCGCAAAGUUCAAUAUUUGGCCAAUGAAUUUUGGAUUCGUUGGAAAAAAGAAUACCUACUAAGUUUACAACCAAGACAAAAAUGGCAGAAGAACAGAAGAAACAUGAAAGUGAACGACAUCGUGCUUUUGCAAGAUGAGCAAGCACCACGAAACGAAUGGAAGCUGGCCAAAAUAGCAGAAGUCUAUCCAGAGUCAGAUGAUAGGGUGAGAAAAGUCAGAUUGCUGGUUAGUGACACCACAUUCGAUGGCAAGGGUAAACCCACAACUAAAACAGUGUUUCUUGAUAGACCCAUACACAAGCUUGUGACCUUAAUUGAAGCAGAUUAAGAUGCUUAAUGUUUCCAUCAUUCCUUGUUGAGUGGUAAAGUUUGAUAAUGUUUAAGAGUGACUUGCAACAGUCUUUAAGUAUUGAGAAAUCCCACAGUAAGAUUGGUGCGAUUUGAUGGGAGUGUAACUGUUGCUAUUUUUAUUUUCAUAUUCAUGUAAGAUUUCUUUUCAUUUUGUAUAAGAAACUCAUUUUGAGAAUUAUUAGAUUUUUGUCAUUUUUCCAUGCUUUUAUUAUGAAAGUCAAGGGUACUUUUAUUUUGACACCUACGUUGCUGCUAGGCUGCCUGUAGCGUUUGUCUGACGGCAGAGAGUUGUGAACAUGGUCACUUCGUGUGAACAGCUAAGAUGUGAUAGACAAGUUGAUAUCAAAAGAACAUAGCAUAAACUACAGUGAAGACUGAAGAUAGAAGACCUACAGAUUUCCUUUCAUAGCAUGCAGCCAACGAGGUAUUUAUUUGUCUUUAUUUUCGUUAUGAAUCUUUGUACUUGAGACUUUAAAGUUUGCUAAUGUGAACUGUAAUACUGUGUAUUGCCAGUUUCACGGUUUGCGGAGGUCCUUGGAUGGUUGUGGAGAGUUGGAGAGACGACGGAGACUUCAAUAAACCCGUAAAAGGAACACUUGCGUCUGCACAUGCUUGGGAGGGAGUCAUACUCAGGACUGCACUCCCAGUCAUCAGGAGGUCUCUGUUAUGAAGUAUGUGGAUGACGCCACCAUCACUGCCCUUUCUUUUGGCACUAUAUCUGUGACUGAAGUUGUUACAUUUCAUUUUUAUCGAAAGUAAACCAAAUAACCUGAACAUGUAACAAAUAACAUAACAAAUAUGACUUGCAAUCUUUGCCAGCAUAAUCUUGCCAAAAUCCUUAAUCUUUUUUAAGGAGAAUCUUUUUUUUCCCAUUGGUGAAACUAAGUGAUUUUUUUUCAUGAAAACAAUAUUAUCCUUUCAUGUAAAAAAAAAAAAAAAAAAUGAAAUAAAAAGAUCCACAAGACAAAAUAAAAUUUCACCUUUACAGAGCAAACAUUUUAAAUAAGGCUAACAAAAUAUUCUCACUUGCACCUCAGGGCUUCCUUUUUUUCUGUACUUUUGCAUUUAUAAUGUUCAAUUGUGAAAACUAGCAAAGCAAAGAAAAUAAAUGAAAAGGAGAUUGUUUAACAGAUUUAAAUACUGAGCUCUACAGGUCAGACACAGGAAAUGUAAAAGUCCGGUUUCUUUGCAAUUCAGUUUUUUUUUUUUUUUUUUCAAAUCUGGCCUUUAAAAAACAGCAGUACAUCAUCAGUAAUUUCAGCGAAUCCCAACGAUCAUGUAAGACAGCUACCUUGAAGCCAUAGUAAUAAGAAAGAGAAUAAAGAAGGAAACAAGUUGAUGAUAUUGGAGCGUCAAAGUCUUUUUAUGUAGGAAUUCAGUGUGGAUGUAUGGGUCAGCAAAUCAAUGGACUUCAUCAUGGGAGAUCACUAAUUAAUUAAUAGUGGUGUCAGAUCAAAACAUGCUUCUUUGUGUUGUUCAUCAAGGCACUUUAUAAUAACAUCAUUUUCUUUGAGCACAUUGGUGGAAAUGAGCGUCCAUAUUAUUGACAAGUUGGUUUCAGUCCAAUAAAGCUGUGGUGCACAACUGUAUUGUUAUUUCACAUCCAAUAAACACACUAUACCACAUUAAUGAAAACAUCCAAGAUUUAUUAGAACAAAUAAAUCUGCAUUAAAUGUACAACCCAACCAUAAAAAAAUGGAAUUGAGUGAUGUAAAAAUGUUGCAACAGUGUAAUAAAAUAUAUAAACAUAUAUUGCAGUCAGUCAGUAUUGUGUCCUUUAGGGACUAUUAGUGUCUACAGCAUUCAAAAUUUGUUACUCCUUAUCUAAUUCUUUAGAAUCAGUUUCAAUUAAUUUUUUUUAUCAACUUGCAAACACAAUUAGAGAUCGUCACAGUGGCUACAUUUUCAUUCCUAACAAUGAGGAUUCUGUCUCUGAACUGAUCAAAGCUGAUUUGUCUCUGCAAGCCAAAUUUUAUAUUGGGAUUAACUUUUUACAUAUCAUUACUGGUGCCGCUUUUUAAAAAAAUAACGACAGAUGUUAUAUUGUCCUACGUUUGUGUCUGUCUGAUUCCAAGGCACAGCUUUGGCUGAAGACCAUGAAGCCGUCACUGAGUGUCAACAAAGGUUACAGCAGAUGCAAACUUAAAACUGAGCUCAGCUACAUAGUGUCGCCUGUGCAGGUUGAAGUCUCAUUCAAAGGUAAAAUACUCAAUUACUGGCAUUAUGUGUGAGGGGAGGGAAAAUACAAGCAGUGGCUGAAAGUAACUUAUCACAUUUACUCAAGUACUGUUUUAAGUACAAUUUUGAGAUACUUCACAAGCAUUUAUAUUUUCUGCUACUUUACAUUAGUAUAAGGUGCUUUUUACUUCAGCUUUAGUUACAAGCUGCUUUGCAGAUUCAGAUUAUAAUACAAAAUAUGAACAACAAAUAAAUAAUAUUGAAUUAAAAUACAACUUCACUGAUCCAAGGUGGCACUUCUACUUUUGGUAAUUCUUCCAAUUUUCUAAUGUAGGACUUUUACGAGUAUAGGUAAUAGUAACUGAAGUAAAUAAUCCGAGUACUCCACCACUGCCCUCUAGCACCUCUACUACAAAUUAAGAGCAUAGGCUUUAUCAAGUCUCCUGUAUUGGAUGAUGCUGUUUUUGUUAUGUUGGCACAACUUGUGUAACAAGUUUCUGUAGAAACACAUCUUAAAUAUGAACUGUAACUGAUCUUACUUAUUGAUAAGUUGAGCUGUAACACAUAAAAAAUUAAAGAAGAUCCCUGAAUUAAGACACAAUGUUUAAUCUGACAAAACGGCCUCAUAACGAAAUGUAGAGAGACGCAGUAACACAGGAAUCCUAAAACACAAAUUAGGCAGAAAAAUUCCUCUGAACCGCAUCUCCACUCUUUAGUAAAAUUUAAAUUCUAAGCUAAAAUCUUCAACUUAAUAAGUAAAAUAUUGAUUUUAAGUUCAAUUCAAAUAUUGGUCACGCAACAAUAAAAAGUAAAGCAAAGACCAAAUCAGCUUGUAUCUGACUGGAAUGUCUGUUCCAAGUCCUUUGGAUUUGGUAAAAAUAACUUGGACUUUGAAAGGUUUUCUCAAAACAGGAAUGCCUGUAAGAUAAAAAAAAAAAA